AUGGCUGUCAACAACGAAGGUCGAGGACGACUAGCAGGCAAGAAUGCUAUCAUUACCGGCGCAGCAGGAGGCAUUGGUCUGGAAACGACCAUCCUUUUCCUGUGCGAGGGUGCUAAUGUCAUGAUGACUGACAUCUCGGAGCCUGCACUGGAAAAGGCCAUUGCAAAGGCUAAGGAACUUGUACCCAACGCAACUGGCAAAAUCGCCACCUCCAAGGUUGAUGUAUCCAAGGAGGCCGAUGUCAAAGCUGUGGUCGAGAAGCUGGACCCUUGGGGCGGCUUGGACAUCAUCUUCAACAAUGCCGGUAUCAUGCACGCUGAUGACGCAGACGCAGUUGACACAUCGGAGAAGAUCUGGGACUUCACUAUGGACAUCAACGUCAAGGGUGUGUGGUUUGGCAGCAAGCACGCUGUUCUCGCAUUCCGCAAGAACAAGAAGACCAAGGGCAGUGUCAUCAACACUGCCUCCAUCGUCGCGCUAGUUGGCUCUGCCACUCCACAAUUGGCAUACACGGCAUCCAAGGGUGCUGUUCUAGCCAUGACCCGCGAGCUGGCCAUUGUUCACGCUCGCGAGGGCUUCCGAUUCAACGCACUCUGCCCGGCUCCCCUCAACACACCACUGCUUCAAGACUGGCUGGGCGAUGAUCAGGCCAAGCGCCACCGCCGUGAAGUGCACUUCCCCAGUGGACGCUUCGGAGAGGCCAUCGAGCAAGCACAGGCUGUCUUGUUUCUGGCUAGCGACGAGAGCAGCUUCGUCAACGGCACGGACUUUGUUGUCGAUGGAGGCAUGACCAAGGCUUAUGUCACACCUGAAGGACCUGCUACCCAGCCACCCAAGAACUUGGCCCGGUAA